ACUUUUUAUCCAUUUUUUUUUUCACCGAAUGUCACGAACUGGAAAAAACGGGAUGGCGCGUACGAAGACGCGGACAGAUGGUAGUAAUUUUAUAAUGCUAGUAAAGCUAAUGUUUUUCUCUUAAUCGUAUAAACAAAAAAAAUGUGUGAUAUAGUGUUUUUAAUGCACUACUACUACUAUGAGUAAUAUGAGGAAUAUAAAAAUUACUUAUUGGGUAAAAAGAGGCAUAGAAAUACCUAAUUUAGAAAUAAACAUAUUUGCUUAUUUAAUGUGAAACAUGUAAUAAAAGAACAAUAAAUUGUUUUCUGAAAGAAACAAUAUUAAUGGGUGCUCAUGGUUGUGUAAAUUAUACGCCUAAAGAUGGACAUUUCAUAAAUAUUGGGCGUUUACUACAUAGAAAGGAUCACGUUAACACAGUACACGUGUUUGCAUGGGGGACGGAGGGCCUGCGUGGCGGCGGGCGGCGGCGGCCCGCUUACAGAAACAGAAAGGGUGAGGGAUGCGCGCGUGAGAUGCGCCGCGCAGCCUCCGCUCGCUCUCCGUCUAUGUGGCGCCGCCAUCGGUGAGUUGACGUGAGUUGUGAGAGCUGGACGCCACGCUGAGAGUGCUACGUUGAUGUAGGCCCGUGUGCCGUGUUUAUUGUGCUGAUGGGCUGGUAUAGGUGAACGGCCGUGGAGGGCCCACGGGCGCUGCGCGACCGACCGCCGUGGCGGUGCUACGGACCCAUGCUAACUCACAGUCGAUCCGACGGCGAUUUUCCUGUGUACACUAGAGCAAAGAAACAAAAUGGUUCAGCGGUACGCACGAACAGCCUGGGGUCGGGAGCGCGCACGCCUCCGGCUGAACGGUCCAAAUCCAAGUUCUCAGCUUUUGGUAGACUAUUCAAGCCAUGGAAAUGGAAACGGAAAAAGAAGUCUGAAAAAUUCGAAGCUGCUUCUAGAACAUUAGAGAGGAAGAUAUCCGUCCGAGCGAAUAGAGAUGAGUUGGUGCAGAAAGGUAUCCUCUUACCGGAGAGCCCCGUUACGCCUGUGCCCGAAGUCGAUGAACCUGUAUCGCCCCCGACGGGUGCUGAGGAGGCGCGGGGAGAUGUCAGCGCUGCGCAGGCGAACCAAGACCGGCUCAUGGGCAUGCACGCCGCCCUGCAGGCACAGCUGGCGUCGCAGCUGCAGCAGCAACAAGCUGCUAUGGCUGCAGCAGUGGCCGCUGCCGCUGCCGCGCACCACCACCAUCAAAACAACAAUGUCAUAGAACCAAAGAAGGACAAAUUGGAAAAUGGUGGCGAGCUAAUGAGGCCCGAGCGACCCAACUCCUUGACUGGCAAGAUUCCACGACGAAUAUGCUACCAAGGAGAUGUUGUGGGUGGCUACGGGUCGACGGGCGACAGCAGCGGCGGUGGUAUGCACGGCGGGCACGGCCACGGCGAGGCGGAGGAGCAGCUCAUGCUGUCGGACCUGCCGGAGCCGCCCAUCGCGCUGUCGGAGAUCGGCCCCAUCCCGCCGCCGCCCAUGUUCAGCUCGCCCAGCCCCACGCGCCACCACCACCAGCACCAGCACGCACAACACCCCCUCGCGCAACAUCCUCUCUCUGACUCCGAAGAGGAGGACGAACAGGAGGACGAUGAAAUAGAGCCGUUGACGCUCGGUGCGGACACGACCCGCGUCGAAGAGAUCCCGCCUAAGGAGCCUAUCUUCAAUGCGGUGCCACUGAAAUCGGCGCUGAAGAAAAGGCCGGCGCCGGCCGCGUCCCCCGCCGCCACGCCGCUGGCCACGCCACUGGCGCCGCGUCAGGACCAUCACCACACCAGCUUCAAGCGGCCGCCGCCUAAACCGAGGAUCCGCAUAUGUACCCGGGCGGUGCGCGUGGGCAACGGGUUGGAGAACAAGGAGAACGCGCGGCCCUGGGAGGAGUACGAGGCGUCCACUGAGUCCGACCGCGUCGCUGCCAAGCUCGCGCGCAAGGAGAGCCUCAACAUCAAGCUCGCACUGCGGCCCGACCGACAGGAACUCAUCAACAGGAACAUUCUGGUGGUGCAGAGUGAGCACGAGCGCCAGGAGUCCUGGGAGGCCAUCGGCGCGCGUCUCAUCCGCCGCCUGUCCAUGCGGCCCACCGCGGAGGAGCUCGUCGAGAGGAAUAUACUCAAAAGCCAGUCACCCGCCGAAGAGAAGAAACAGAAAGAGGAGAAAAAACGUUAUCUGUUACGCAAGCUCAGCUUCCGACCCACUGUCGACGAACUUAAAGAGAAGAAGAUCAUCCGCUUCAGUGAUUACAUUGAAGUCACACAGGCGCAUGAUUAUGACCGUCGUGCUGACAAGCCGUGGACUCGUUUAACUCCCCGGGACAAGGCCGCUAUUAGGCGAGAGCUCAACGAAUUUAAGAGUUCGGAGAUGGCUGUACACGAGGAAAGCAAGCACCUUACCAGGUUCCACCGACCAUGACGGCCGAGGCUCGUGGGCGGGGCGCGCGGCUGAGUGUGCGCAGUGUGCGUACGGUCCAGUGCGGCACGGCGCGGCACAGUGCGGCACAGUACAACCCAGUACGGCACAGUACGGCACAGUACGACACAGUACGGCGGCAGCACGGCAGACUCCUGCGACUCUCGGCCCGCCUCUUCCCGACCACCAGCCGUGGCCGCACUUGUGAUUUUUAAUGUUAUUUAUAUUGACUUCUUCCGUUUUCUGGAAGAUUUGUAUGCAAUAACUUACCAGAACGCAUCGGUAAAGUGUUGAAUAUUCUAAAGUUGCGUUGUACCGCCGUUUUGACGUUACGUUUUGUACAUGCGUACCGAGAGUGCAAUUUUGUUUUUUAAUUUACCUACUAUGUAUCGUAGUUAUUGCCGAGUACAAUUAUUGUCAUUAUGGUAUCGUUUAUUAUAAUUAAGUUGACGUAUUCUAAGCAUAACUAUACAUUCUUUGAAUUGACCUUCGAGAAAGGUUAGUGAUACUGUUUAUUGUGGUGGAGAUUAUGCGCUUUCAAACUAUGUGAAUUGUAUGUAACGUUUACAAGUGAAUUAUUUUGAUAUGUGAGACGUAUCCGACAUAUUGUAUUUUUUGUAAACUUGUGAUUUUUCUUAUAUUGCUAGCUCUUAGCUCCGUAGUCGUUAAGCUAGAUUUCAACUUGAAAUAUUUAUUUGGCAUUAAUUGACACUGUAUUAUGUUACGGUCACAAAUUAUUUUUUCUUUGUGUGUCGUAUUACGAUAAGGUAGACUUGAUCACAACACAAUUUCCGCCCCGAGCGGCGAUAAAUGCAAUUUUUUUAAUAAGUACAGAUGUUUUUAUACUUCCUGGACAAAAUGUUUAAUCUUUCUUAAUUCAAUUAACAAGUUGCGGCAUUUUAUAACGUUCGAGUUUGGAGAUACUACCACAGAGUUUCAAUCAAUUGUUGUUACACUGUUUGUGAAAAUGAAAACUUAUGAUUUGUAUGAUAAUCAGUGCUUUAGUUUCCGUUAGAUUUUGUGACAUUUUGUUGAGAUGUGAGAAUAGGUGUUAUAUUGGUUAGACACAUUUUGAUAAAGCUCGUGUCUACUAUGAACUUUUUUAUAUUGGAAUGUUUAUUUUGAUGUUCUUGAUGUGCUUCCAAAUAUGUAAAAACUAUUUUGUACAUUGCGACUACACUCGCACCGAUACUAGAUUCUUAUUCGUUACGGCUAACCGUUCCACGUACCGUAUUUAUUUGCUCAAAUGUAGCCAAAUGCAAAAUUAUAUACUACUGCCACUAAUAUAUCACCUAUUAUCUCCCGAAGUUACAUUUUAAUAUUAAUUCCUGUAAACUUUGUAUCAUUAUAAUAAUCAAGACAUAGUUUGCCAUAAAGGCGUACGCAUCGUAGUAAAUAUAAUUUACUGUAUAAGUAAAUAAUUCCAUAAAUACUUAUUAAAUGAACAAUAGCUAAAUAAACGAGUACCAUCUGAACAGAGGCAAUUAAUUUGUGAUUAUUCGAUAAGACUUCUGGUCCAGUUAUGAGAUUCCUAAGUACAGGGAGAACUCAGUGAUUGUAACUCACUAUAGAACACUGUUGUUGUUAAUAUGACACUGAAUAUUGAUAUUGAGCUCAAUGUAAAGUGUGUUAAAUAGUUAGGCUUUAUUAUGUCCAUCCGACACAUGACGUGACGAUGACGAGCAACCUCGGCGGGAACAACUUGUUAUCACUUGUCGCUCUAGCCUAGCUCUAGUGUAAGUUAUUCAAACGUUGAACGAACUAAAUCACUAAUUAAUGAUUCAAUAAGCUAUUAUAAAGCUGUAGCUGUUAAAUACAUUAUUGUACGCCUUCUGAGAUUACAGAUAUUGUUUGAUGAAGUGCCGAUACCACUGCGGGUGGACUCGACAGUACAGAGAGCAAUAAUCUGCUAUCGGCUUGUUUGGUUGACGAGUGACAUUAUUUGAACUAGUGUUGAAACUUUUUAUAUUACUGAAUAGAUUAAUUCUUCUUAGUGUAACUAAUAGAUAGGAAUCAGUUAUAAAUAUUUUUUAAAAAGCGACGUAUUGUUCAGUAGCGGUGCCAUUUCGUGUGACGUGUUUCAUGAGUAAGUCAUCCCGGUCCUGAGCGCGAUUAUUCCGCGCGGCUCGGGCCGUGUUCGUGCUGGAGUCAAUUUGGUGACACGAACUUUGCGUCAGUCUGAAUGUUUUCAAUACACGUGUUUUAUAUAGCGAUUAUUCUGUUAAGUCAAUGCGUAAUAACAGUACAUUAUACACGACAAUCGUAGCAAGAUACAAAAAUGUUGAUCUAAUGGUUAUUCUGACGACUAUUCCAUUAUAGAAUAAAGUGGAAGCCAAAAUGACGACUUAUUUUUCUAAAAGAUUUUGUUAGAUUUGCAAUUAAAACUAAUAAGGUAAAUCGUAGAUGUUUAUCGAUAUAUUACUUAUAUUACUUGAUAAGACAUACAGAUUUUCCAAAGAUCUAAGGCUCAACUAAAUUCUUUUGACUAGCUAACAUGUUAUGACAUCUAUUGUGUAUGUAUGUGAAAAACUUGUCUCUGUCAUCGACGCUCGGGCACUACCAGUAAACGAGUGAAUUAUGUAACUUGAGAUAUUAUUUUU